AGUGCGGGCACGACAGUGCAUGCCACUGCUCACUCGAUCACAGACCAAGGCCAUGGACCGGAAGGCGGGAGAAUCCCUCCUGGCCUACGAGGAACACCUGGCGGCAUUCGUCCAAGAGGCCAACGAUAGGGCCGCCGCCGCGGCCAAGGAACGUAGUCAGAUUGAGCAAGAAGAGGAGGCCAAGCGACGGAAGGAGGAACAGGACCGACUUCGUCAAGAGGAGGCAGACCUGCAGGCGGCAGCUGAACACCGGUCACGCCAGCAGGAACGACUGUUCACGCGGGAGACCGUGAUCGGCGAUGAGACUGCACAUUGGGUGGCGAUGGCAUCUGCAGACGAGGCCCCGGAGAUUGAGAAAGGGCUGUCAGCCCUUGCACAGGUCUCCCACGACCUCGUGGCCACCUGCGCUCUGCAGCAGGAGGAAAUCCUUCACCUGCAGCAGACAGUGGACCAGAUGCUUACACGGCUACAGGCGUUGGAGAAACAGCCAGCUGCUGUAGCAGCCGCAGGGCCUUCCAACCUUACCACCCGCGUUCAAGUCUUGGAGGAUGACGUCAGCAACAUUAAGCGUGUGCAUCAGGAUUUCCGGACGUCGCAGCAGGCAACGAACUUGCAGUUGGAGACGCAGGUCCAGGCUGCUGCCACCGUGACGCCCACGGCCGCAUCCUCCCGGCGCCCACCCAAACUGGAUAACAUUCUGGUUUUCUGCGAUCAUUCCAAGACGGAACCGAUCCCGUGGUGGCGCGAGUUUACUCUCAGGCUCGACAUGCACCAUGUCCCGAACAACGAUCGACCUCCGUGCUUGUACCACCGAUCUGGUGGUGCAUGUCAAGCAUGGCUGGACAACAUCUUGACCAGCCACGGCGUAGCAGUGUCGGAACUGCACACCAAGCUCACUUGGCAGGAGUUGACUGACGCCUGGCACAAGCGAUUCCAAGUGGAGCCGCCCGACCUGCAAGCGAUGGACAAGCUCAACAAGCUCCAUCAGAACACGCUGCUCAGUCAGGACUGGAUUACCGAGUUCCAAAGACUCGCCUCCACACCUGACCUGCCGCUCGCAUUCCGCGCCAUCAAGCACUUGUUUAUCAUGCGCUCGUGUCCAGCUCUGCAAAACGCGUUGACGCAGAUUGCAGAUACACUCGACACAUCUGACAAGCUUUUCAGCACAACGUUACGGAUCAUUCUCACGAAUAUAGAAGCCUGCAACGCCGGCCGAUCUUCCGCGACGACGAGCAACACCCAGCCCAAGCCAAAGGUGGCUUGCAUUACUUCUACCGAGGCUGCAACACCAAACGAGGGUGAAGUGUUGGCAGCUGCCCGGGACGGUGGUCGGCUGCGCAACAAUCACGGCCGCGACAAGACGAAGAAUCAGUCCACCUCUACACCGAGCACCGAAUCAGCGGCCGACGAACCUUGGGCACAAUACGAACUCUCAGCGAAUUGCUAUCGCACGAGACUCAAGUACCGUUACUGCCUUUGGUGCAAUAGCACCAUCCACGAUGCUGCACAUUGCCCCACCAAGGGGAAACCCCGCUACCAUCAGAUUUCCAUCCGCCCGCAAGAUCGGUACAAAACCGCAUUUAAGACGCGAUAUGGGCAUUUUGAGUGGGUAGUUAUGCCUUUUCGCCUCACCAAUGCCCCGGCCACCUUUCAGGCGGCCAUGACCACCGAGUUUCGCGCUAUGUUGGACCGCUUCGUCUUGGUCUACUUUGACGACAUCCUCGUCUAUAGCCGAACUCUAGAGGAGCAUCUCGAGCACCUUCGCCGUGUUCUAGAGACUUUUCGGUCAGCCCGGUACAAAGCUAACCGCGACAAAUGCGAGUUUGUCCGGCAAGAGCUUGAAUACUUGGGUCAUUUUGUCUCUCCGGAAGGCAUUCGUCCGUUGGCGGACAAGAUUCAAGCCAUCCAGAAGUGGCCCGAGCCGAAGAAUGUGACGGACGUCCGAUCCUUCCUCGGCUUGGCCGAUUAUUAUCAGCGCUUCAUCAAGGGUUACUCGAAUAUCGCGGCCAACCUAAGCAAGUUACAAAGCGAGGAGCGGCCUUUUGACUUCGACGACGACGCGCGCCAUUCUUUUGAAACACUCAAAGCGGCACUCUUGUCCGCCGAGGUGUUACAUAUUUACGACCCGCUUCUAGCUACGCGCGUCACUACCGAUGCGUCGGGCUAUGGCAUUGGGGCCGUCCUUGAGCAGCACGAUGGCACGGACUGGCACCCGGUCGAGUACUUUAGCAAGAAAGUACCUCAUGUGCAUUCAAUCGACAACGCACGGAAGAAGGAGCUUCUUGCCUUCGUCCACGCCCUCAAACGUUGGCGACAUUUCCUCCUUGGUCRGAAAGCAUUCCGAUGGGUAACGGAUAACAAUCCGUUGGUAUUCUACAAGUUGCAAGACACGAUUAACAGUACCAUUGCCUGUUGGAUGGCUUUCAUCGACCAGUUUGACUUUUUCCCCGAUCACAUUCCCGGGAAGUCAAACCGUUUUGCGGACGCCCUCUUACGGCGAUCGGAUCUUUGCACCGCAAUCUACUCUACCUUCGAGAUCGACGACGACUUGCGGGAGAGCUUCAUCCACGGCUAUCAAGCCGACCCUCACUUUUGCGACAAGUACGCGAAUUCCUCCUCUCCGAACCCGGUGCCUUCACAUUAUCGGAUCCAAGAGGGCUACUUACUUGUGCAUUCGCGGGGUAAGGAUCUUCUUUGUGUGCCGAGUGAUUCACACUUGCGCACACGACUUCUUGGCGAGUUUCACGAUGCGCCCGCCUCCGGACAUUUGGUUUCAACCGUACACUUGGCCGACUUCGCCAGCGGUUCUAUUGGCCCGACCUUCUCAAGGACGCCACCCGCUAUUGUUGAUUGGGUUGAGUGCUUGCCAGACGUUGAGUUGGCUUACAACUCAUCGAUCCAUCCGGCUAUCGGGAUGUCGCCAUUCGAGUUUGAGCAUGGUUCACCCAUCUCAUCGCCGCUGGACGCCACUUUGUUGCGCACAGCCGAGAGCGACGACCAUCUUGCGUUCCUUCGUCGCAUGCAAGAGCUUCUUGUCAAGGCACGGUAUCAGAUGUCAAAGACGCAAAUACGGAUGAGCCGUCAAGCCAACCGCAAUCGCCUUCCUUGCCCGUUCCGCGUCGGCGAUCUGGUUUGGGUCUCCGCUGCAGAGUUCAGCCUUGAGCAAGACAUCUCUCGCAAGCUCCUUCCCAAGCGGAUGGGGCCUUGGCGCAUUCUCUCUGCAGUUGGUGAUGAUCCUGAGGGGCCUUCAUUCCGCAUCACGGUGCCACCUUCCACUGUUCCAAACUCGCUCCUUUUGUUUCAGCGGAGUCCGACGAGUUUCCCAGUCGACGUACGCAGGACCCUCCUUCCAUGGACGGAUUUCAGGAGGCCGGCUACAUCAUCACCGACCGGCGCCAUGGCAACAAAGAAACAGAGUUUCUACUUCACUUUUCCUACUGCAGCCACAAGGCUGACCGUUGGCUGACGCGUUCGGAACUGCAGGCCACAGCCCCCGCCGUUCUCUCACACUUCCUUAGCAAAGGGAAGACUACGCCGAGCACUCCAGCUCCUCGCCAUCCUCGCUACAUUCCACCAUCGGAUCGCCAGCUUCGCCCGCGCCCCGGCUCGUCUUCAUAAGGAGGGGGGCGUGUUACAUGCUGAAAGCCUACACACGGGCCCCUCACGGGACCCGAGGUUGGAAUAGGGCCCCCAGGUCGCGUCACCGCAACCU